UGUAGCGUGACCUCAAGAACCUCAAACAUGCGUCAAUCCCGAAAAAAACAAACUUCACCAUAUAUCGGAUUAUGACUACUUUAAACUUUCAUUUAAACAUUAAAACCCUCCAUGUUAUAAAAUAAUCACUCGACAAACUACGUCAUUGAUCAGGGACUCAUGCGCGUGUCCGGUGGGGCUCUGUAUAAUCCAGCACUUCUCCAUGGAUUAACUGUCAAGGAACGCUGAAUCAAAUCAUUCUGCUUAAGGAAGGCUGCGGGACGAGUGAAACAUGCCCCUUCCGUUCGGAUUGAAACUCAAGAGAACCCGGAGAUACACGGUGUCCAGCAAGAGCUGCCUGGUCACCCGCAUCCAGCUGCUGAACGGGGAGUACGUGGAGUUCACGCUGUCUGUGGAGAGCACAGGGCAGGAGUGUCUGGAGGCUGUCGCUCAGAGGCUGGAGUUACGAGAGAUAACGUACUUCAGCCUGUGGUACUUCAACAAACAAAGCCAGCAGAGAUGGAUUGAUUUAGAGAAGCCACUGAAGAAACAGCUGGACAAGUAUGGACUGGAGUCCACGGUUUACUUCGGAGUGGUUUUCUACAUCUCGUCUGUUACACAGUUACAACAAGAGAUAACCAGGUAUCAGUAUUAUCUCCAGCUGAAGAAAGAUGUUCUGGAAGGAAAGAUUUCUUGCUCUAUUGAACAAGCCAUUCAUCUGGCCAGCUUGGCUGUGCAAGCUGACCUCGGAGACUUCGACCGAUACGACUCCCAGGAAUUCCUUCAAAAAAUUGUGCUGUUUCCAAUGCCGUGGAUCCAGGACGAGAGGCUUGUGGAGGAGGCCACUCAGAAAGUCACGGCCCUCUAUAAAAACUACAGCAGAGGUCUGUCUGCGCCGGAGGCUGAACUCCACUACAUGCAGGAGGUGGAGAAGACGGAGGGAUACGCAGAGGAGAGCAUCCAGGCCAAGGACAGUCAGGGCACAGACGUGAUUAUCGGCUCCUGUCUGGAUGGGAUAUUUGUCAAACACAAAAAUGGAAAAGCUCCUCUGUUGUUCCGGUGGAAUGACAUUAAUAACAUGACUCAUAAUAAGUCUUUCUUCGCCCUGGAGCUGGCCAACAAAGAAGACACCCUCCAGUUUCAGGCCGAGGACAUGGAGACGUCCAAAUAUGUGUGCAGAAUGUGGCUGGCGCGGCACAAGUUUUAUAAAAUUAACAACAGCAGUCUAGAGCCGUCUGACGGCCCGUCCUCUGACGGCUCCCAGAGGUCCAUUCUCACUCUUUCAUUUCCACGCUUUCCGACGCUCCUGCGUCCCUCUCUGCCUAGUAACAAGGGACAGACACAGGCCGCUCCUGUGAACCCGGUGAGGAGACGAUCCUCUACAAGAAUGUCUCUGCCAAAACCUCAGCCGUACAUGAUGCCGCCUCAGAUGCACUUUACUGGUCAUUAUAAUGAACCCUACACAUCAUCACAAGAUAAUCUUUACAUCAACAAUCAGAACGGUUUCUACUACCAUUCUCAGACCAGCCUGGACCGCUCUCCACACGAGUACAACGGACGCAUCCGUAACGGCAGCGUGUACAGCGCUCAGAGCACCAGCUCCCUCAACAACCCCCAGCACUACCUGCAGCCAUCUCCCAUGUCCUCCAAUCCUAGCAUCACAGGAAGUGACCUCAUGCGGCCCGACUAUGUGCCCUCGCACCGCCACAGCGCCCUGAUUCCUCCCUCUUACCGCGCCACGCCCGACUACGAAACCGUCAUGAGGCAGAAGAACCUCGGGAUGGUGCCGCCCGCCGAGCGUCAGAGCCAUUCCAUGCGCAAUCUCAACAUCGGUAACUCUUACGCUUACAGCCGACCCGAUCCGCUGGUGUACAGUCAGCCCGAGAUCCGCGAGCACGGGGCAGGUCACUACCCCUUCCAUCUGAACUACAGCUUCCACAGUCCCUCCCCGUACCCCUACCCCACCGAGAGACGGCCGGUAGUGGGUGCCGUAAGUGUCCCCGAGCUCACCAAUGUCCAGCUCCAGCAGGCUCAAGAAUACCCGCCGCCCAACAUCAUAAGGAAUCAGGUGUACUGGCCUCCGCCCCCGUAUCCGUACCCUCACCCCCGACCCGCAAACAGCACGCCGGAUCUGUCGCGUCACCUGUACGUCAGCAGCAGUAACCCCGACCUCAUCACGCGUCGCGUCCAUCACUCGGUGCAGACCUUUCAGGAGGACAGUCUGCCUGUGGCGCACUCGCUGCAGGAAGUGAGUGAGCCGCUGGUCACCUCGCGCCGGCCGCACAUGCACAAGAGGAACUCCAUUGAGAUCGCCGGGCUGGCGUACGGACUGGAGAACAUGAGGCUUCAAGAGAGAAAGGUAUCAGCAUCUACAGCCGAGACUCCGCCUACCGUCGUCCAGCCGAAGCUCCCCGUCGACGCCGUACUGGAGGUCUCGAAGCCCGAGGAGGCCGUCAUCAAGGACGACGUGUGCUACGGUCACAAAAAGUCUUUGUCCGACGCCACCAUGCUGGUGCACAGCAGCGGUGAGGACGAAGAGUUCGAAGAUGACGGCGGCCGUCACACCCCUCGGUCUCAGGAGUUGGUGAGCCCCGGACAUCACCUGCCGCCCCUCGGAGAUCCGCCCGCUUACUCGUUCAGCCACAGCGGCGACACAGUGCCUCUCUCGUACCAGCCUCAUUCUCUCGGCCCUCUUCCGGCGCUCCCAGAGCCUGGACACCUGGUGCCCUCGGUGUCUGAAGGCGAUCUGAGCGGACAGGGACGAUGCAAAUAUAAGAGAGACAUCUUUAAAAAGCCCGUCUCUGAUGCGGCACCCGCCAGAAGAAACAUCGAUGGACUUCCACCACCGGGAAUGAAGAAAGGACGCUCCGAGGUGAAGAAGAUGGGCCCGAUGAAGCUGGCGGCUCUGAACGGCCUUACGCUGUCCAGAAUGCCUUUAGCUGAUGAAGCUAAAGACGACCCAGAGAACAGCUCCAAUGAUCAGAGGUGUAGGAUGCUGGAGAUGCGUAUGGAUCAGAAGUUGGUCUUCACAGAGUACGAGCACAUACUCAAGAAGCGUGUGAACAGCGAGUGCACCAUCGCUCAGAUGCCGGAGAACAGCGAAAGGAACCGUUUCCAGGACGUCCUGCCCUACGACAACACGCGUGUGGAGCUGGUGCCCACCAAAGAGAACAACACGGGUUACAUCAACGCCUCUCACAUAAGGGUUACUGUCCGAGGUAAGGAAUGGAGUUACAUCGCCUCUCAGGGUCCGCUCUCCAACACCUGUCAAGACUUCUGGCAAAUGGUUUGGGAACAAGGAGUGGCCAUCAUCGCCAUGGUUACAGCAGAGGAGGAAGGAGGUCGUGAGAAGAGUUUCCGCUACUGGCCUCGUCUGGGGUCUCGCCAUAACACCGUUACAUACGGACGGUUUAAGAUCACCACCCGGUUCCGUACGGACUCAGGAUGCUACGCCACAACGGGUCUGAAGAUCAAACAUCUUCUGACGGGGCAAGAGCGGACCGUCUGGCACCUGCAGUACACCGACUGGCCCGACCACGGCUGCCCGGAGGACUUUAAAGGAUUUCUCUCAUACCUGGAGGAGAUCCAGUCAGUGAGGAGACACACAAACAGCUCCAGUGAUCCAAAGAACACAAAUCUGCCUGUUCUGGUUCACUGUAGCGCUGGGGUGGGACGCACCGGUGUGGUCAUUCUGUCUGAGAUCAUGAUCGCCUGUCUGGAACAUAAUGAGGAUCAGGAAGCGCCGGCGGUUUUGAACCUGUUGCGACAGCAGCGUAUGAUGAUGGUACAGACGCUCUCGCAGUACACCUUCGUUUACAGAGUCCUCAUUCAGUUCCUGAAGAACUCCAGACUGAUCUGAGUCCAGCGCUGGCCUGAACAGCCCUAUCUGAAGCGCUCAUCCGGACCGCUGGCAGUAUUACUGAAGGUCGGGGACGUGAGCCGGGGCAAGUAUGAAGGAUUCUGCAUGGCAGACUCCAUUUCACCAGUAUUAUACACAGAUUCUCCUGUGGGCUUUGACACGUGACUGCACGUGACCCGGCACUUUUAUUUGGAUGUACAUAGCAAAGCGCACUCCUGCUGAAGAUCUGAUGUCAUAUUUAAACACUGAACAGCGUUUGUUCUUUUCAUCUGGAGUCUUGUUACAGUGGAAUGAUUUUAUGAAGGACUGAAAACACGCAUGUGACAUGGAAGGCUCGGGUGAAUCUCACAAACACUAUUUCACGUGAAGUCUGUUUUUACGACCAUUGCUGUCAUUUGGCAUUGUGAUAGUUUCAUGACAAAUUAAGCACAUUUUUAUUCACAUUUAUGGAAUGAAGUUUGUUCACUAUUUUUAAUGAUUCUGUAACGCUUUUUUAUUUAAAUCUAAGUUUACUGCAAUACAGCAAAUACCGACGUAUAAAUACUUUUAUUAUAUUAUUGCAAUUUUUUCUGAGAAAUGUACCUGAUUGUUAUGAAUUUGAUGUCACAAUGCACAAAAUGUGUAUGGUCUUAAAGGCUUUGUCGUCUUUUAAACAAAAUAUCAUUUUUGUAUUUUGAUUGGAGGCGUGAAAUGUGGCCAACAUGAUUGUGUGAGAUUUGGCCUCUCGGUGCAUCAUGGGAUGUGUGAGUGUUUGUUGAAAUGAAGGAUCACAUGCAGUGUUACAGGACAUUGGUGAGGUUUGAUUUUGAUCUGUCAGCGUUAGAACGCAGCCAAAGAAAAGACGGUUUACCUUAAGCAACUUUUAAAUAAUUUAAAAUAUUAUCUUUUAUAUGAAAACUUUCAAAUGUUUUCUACAUGUAACCAUCAGAAAGGCUUUCUUGUUGCAUUAGGGAUAUUUUUGUAUUUCUUCAUCUUCCGCCAGCGUUCUCAAACCCGACACCAAAGAGCUUCACACAGCUUGUACAGUUAACAGUUUAGUUCCUUAAACAUGAUGGUCUGCCAAAGAAAAUUCAUCCUAUCUGAAGUCUUAAAACACUGUGAAACUCCAUACGUUCAUCCAAUGAAAUGAAAUUGAAGUUUGAAGGAUCAGCUCGUGCUAUAAAGAGUCACGUUGGCCCCGUCUCAUAAUCUUUAUAACACAAAUAUAAGCUACAAUCCACCAGCAGCUUAGCGUCAUGAUGCGCUCUGUGAUGGUGAUUUAAACUGCAAAGUGAAACCAAAAUAUAAGAGUUGUGUUAGCUCAACCCUACAGGUGAGUAUCGUGAGAUGUCUCAGGCAUAUUUCACUUAAAUUCAUUUUUUCACACCCUUAAGUUUGUGAUUUCUUUAAGUUGUUAAGAACAAUUGUAAAUGCACAUCAUGGCAGUUUGAUGCUGAUUUAAUGAAAAGUUACUGUAUUACAGUAUUGAGAGAACACACAAAUGUGCAAAACAUGUUCAUUUUGCAAGUGAGAUAUCACCCAAAUAUUUCUCUCUUUUCUAUUCUCAACAGUGCCUACAGAUAGAGAUAAUGUGCCGGUGUUGGGUUGAAUGUAAAUAUUAAAUAUAAGAUUGUUGUGCUUUUUUGUGAACGACAAUCCUUUUGUUUCCUCUGAUUUCUACACAUCAUAAAGUUGAAUGGAAGGAAAAUAGAUGGAAGCCUUUAAAAGCACAAUUGUCUCGACUACAUCACUCAUUACUGUUAAUGUACAUUUUUAUUUUUCACAGAAAUGACAACUGGACUUAACAGAUCCUGCCUGAGAUGCUUUUGUUCUUUCGUGUACAUUAAUAGAAAGUAGUGUUUACACUGCAGACUUGAGUGUUUUUCAUUUUUAAGCCAGUGAAGUUUGAGAUUCAGGUUGAUGUGUUGUGUUUUGGUUGUGUUUUGGAUGACGGCAGCUGCAGUGUUUGUUAGCUGAAGAUGUGCGGCUAUCAGAAGAGCUCAAUUAUAUCCCUUUGUAAGCAACUAUAUUUUUCAUUCAGAAAAUAAAUAUUUUAAAAGAUUAAA